UUUUUUUUUGUUAUGUAGCACGAAGAUCUCAAUCAAAAAGCGGAUUUAACUUUGAAAGGCGUGGUGGGGACUAUCAUUAAAGACUAUUUUCCGCGCCUAACACAAUCACAACGAGUAUUAUUCGAAGCUUCCCCCUUUGGAAUAUUCUUAGGAAUGCAUAUCCCACAUGGUGAUCCCUUACUUGUGCAUAUGAUGACGUUGCACGAAGUAAGGUGUCAACAAAUAUUUGAAAUGGGGAGGUUUCUGUUUGAUAUAGAGGGGAUCCAGUUGGGUUUUGGUGAAACUAAAUAUAUUCUGAUUUGUGGUUUAAAAUUUGGUCCUUAUGUGGAUUUACUCCAUAACGAAAAGGGCCAGUCAAAUUCAAAUCUCUGUGCUCGGUUGUUCCCAGAUAUUUCUGAUGCACGUUUGCGGCUGAAAGAUUUAGAAGACUUGAUUAUGUCCCCGAAUUAUUUGGCACUACAAGAUGAAGAUGCUGUGAUGCUUAUCCAGCUUGUUUUUAUGUUGAAGGGUCUACACGGACGGGACGUUAAAACGGGCAUUCCUACAGCAGUAUACAAGCUUGCUGAUAAUAUAGAUGAUUGGAACAAGUUUGCAUGGGGUACGUAUUUCUGGAAAUAUACUUCGCGUAUGAUGCGUGGAAUGUUUAAGAAAAUAGAAGUGUUUAGUGAAUUCAAGCAGGCCAAUCCCGAAUCGAAGAAAGUACACAAGUGUACCGUUCCUGGUUUUAUGCUUCCGUUUAAGAUAUGGAUUUUGGAGACGUUCCCAGAGGCAACCAAGUUUUAUAUACGCACGCUGACAGAAUUGCCACGGAUGAGAGCGUGGAGAAGUAAAACACCGUUAAAUUAGGUUCAAUGUUGUCGAAUAAUGAACGUGUCUGUGCCUAACAACCAACCUAUUAAUGUCGUGGCAAACUCAGAGGAGCUGAUGUUGCCGUUUUAUGUUCGUUAUGUCAAUUGGACUCUUAACCCUGUAGAGUCUCCCCCACGGCAACAUUGUCCUGUCCGAAAUAGUCCACCUCAUGUUGCCUCACCUGCUCGAAGAAGGAUGUACAAGUCCGAAAUAGAAACAUCUUCGACUGAAUCUGCCACAAAUGCUUCUUCCUCGCAACAUCUUGAAAUAGAAACAAGUUAUAUGUCAAACGACACAUCAAGAUUGGUAAAGAAGAAGAAGACGAGCACAAAGGCAUUAGUGAAGCGUCUACUAGGCGUUGUGGCUGACUUAAGUUCUAAAGUAGACCGUGUAUUACAGAAAAAAGAUGAACCAGACACAAAUGUUGAACAAGACAGAGGGUUUCGAGAGGAGGAAGAGAUGAUAAAUGAAGAGGAGGAAGAAAAAUAUCACCAUGAUACACAUUUUGACUAUGAUGAUAUAGGUACUCAUGGUUUGGAGGGGGAAUUUGGGCCUACACCUGCGCAUGUUGAGCCGUCAUCGGACGUGGGUGAACAUCACACAAAAGAAAUGACUCCUAUUGUUAGGCCGCAACGAAAGAGGGGUGUUCCAUGGUAUCAGCGGACUCCGUUCACAGUGUUGCAAUCCACACCAAAAUUGAAGAAAACCACCAAAGCAAAGAAAAAAAAAGUGGUGAAGAGUCCUGAAAAACCAAAUGAAGACAUUGUGAAUGAAGAGAGUAUGAUGUUUCAAAUCAUCUCCUGCUCGACAGUGUUGAAGCUGCCAGUACGUUGA